AUGUUUAUAUCAAGGCUUCUAGGAAUAUGCUCUUUAUGCUUUUUGGCGGCAGGCGGAACUGUUGCCCAACAACGUAACGUCACGAUUGACGACAAAUACGGGGACGAAUCCACGGGUAUUGUCCCAACAUAUCUUCCGUCCCAUGCGUGGAGUAGCGGACCGAGGGAGGACUUGAGUGCGAAGCCUAACGUGUCCAUCGCAUAUAACGGAACUUGGCAUGACUCAACACACUGGGUUAAUAAUACUGAAGCAAUAGUCAACUUCGGUUUCACUGGUGUAGCCAUAUAUGUUUACUGCAUCAUUGCAAAUGCUCCACCCCCAUUAUUUGACGCUUUCGCCGAUUAUAACUUCCUCCUUGAUGGAAACUUCGUCGGCGAAUACAGACACGACGUGGAAAGGGAACCCGAUUAUCUCUAUAACGUUCCUGUCUAUGUCAACACAACUAUGCAAAAUAUGUUCCACAACUUCAGUAUCGUUGUAAAUUCAACGGAGAAAGCGGUACUGCUUCUGUUUGACUAUGCCACAUACACUGUAGUCGAGGAAGAACCUGUGGUUCCAUCUACAUCUGCUAGAACUGCGGCACCUACAAGCUACUCACCGCCUCCACUAGCCGACCAACCUACCAAUAACACAGCAGCAAACGUAGAGGUUAUCGUUCAAGUUGGCGCCGCUCUGGGAGUAUUGGCAUUUUUCAUACUCGUCGGCGCUUUCAUCUUUCAUCUCAGCAAGAAACCACAAAUAUCCGUCCUGCAAGGAGCCACGUUUCGGUACAUGUCUCGUGUGCCCAAGAAUCUGGCGACGUCCAUUUACCGCAAGAUCGUUCGUACCCUAAGUCGCUUAGGGGAGUCAGGAGGUUUAGGAGGAGACAAUAAAGGGCAAUCAAGUAUAGCACAGGUCCACUGGGCUGCAUCUUGCGUUGAACAUAAGGGGCUGGAGAAAGAACUCCCACGGUUAGUAACUUGGCUGAGCGUCAAGUAUUGUGAUCAUGAUUUCUACUCAUGUCACUUGCAUUUCGCCAACUCUGUCGAGCAUCUUCUGGGCCAUGCUUUGGUCGUAUUUCUGCUUCACGUCGGUUCGGAUCUCGAGUCCUGGUCGCCAAAUGUUCGCAAAUUACCACCACAACAAGAACAUCGAGAGGACGAGGAGAAACGACCUACGAUACGAGAGAACAUAUACACUCUGCCGAAUCUCUUGACUGUAUCCCGAAUAUUAGCUUGCCCGGUGCUCGGAUGGUCGAUAAUAGAAGGCAACUUCCAGCUUGCGACCACUUUACUGGUCUAUGCUGGAGCUUCAGAUUUGGCGGACGGAUACUUGGCGCGUCGUUUCAACAUGCAAUCAGUUUUGGGAACGAUUCUUGACCCGGCGGCAGACAAGACGUUGAUGACAACCUUGACAAUAACAUUGGCGAUGAAGGAUAUGCUACCGGUCCCCCUCGCCGCCAUAAUUCUUGGUCGUGAUGUUCUGCUCAGUCUCGCUGCAUUCUAUAUUCGCUAUACUUCAUUACCACAACCGAAAACCUUCUCUCGCUAUUGGGAUUUUUCUAUUCCAUCGGCUGAGGUUCACCCCACAUAUAUCAGCAAGGUAAAUACGUUCCUGCAACUCGCCCUCAUGGGAACAACGACAAUCAGUCCAGUGCUCCCGCUAGAUCUUACUGCCUCGUUGACGGGUUUCCAAUGGGUCGUCGCUGGCACCACCAUUUGGAGCGGUCUCUCGUACGUCUUUUCCAAGGGAGCGGUUCGAGUCCUGUCAGAGACUCGCAAACCCAAGUCACCCUAG